AUGGCAAAGAAGGUUAUGCUAGCGGUGGCAAACAAUCCUAAGCUACUAGCUCAGUCCCAACCUAUACUAUGGUAUACCGAUCUUUAUAUGGGAAAUAUCUUUGUCGCUGAAGAUAACCUAGCCGCGCUUCCACCUGACUAUGAAGAUAUAGACGCCGACGACAAGGAGAUUGUAUUAUAUAAUAAAGAGAAGGCUAUCUGGACAAAAGCUUAUGAGGUUGUAUCCUUUUUGAAUGAUAGAGUAGCCUGGAGAGCGAUAUAA